GAACAUAAGACAGCUCUAAUUGCUCGUAAAUGUGAUGAUUAGACGCCAACAAAUCAAUGUCAAAUAGCCAAUGAUGAGUUGAUGAAAGGGAAUUCUCGCUUCCACUCUGUAAAAACAUCAGAAUCAGCUGAGAUAGCUAGUAAUGGCGACCAGAGGAGGAGAAGACGAAGCGAAACAAAUGGCAGCUGACCUAAGCAAAACCCUAAAAGAAGGCGAAAGACUUCUCGCGCCAACACGACGCCCCGACGGAACCCUCCGUAAACCUAUUCGUAUUAGGGCUGGUUAUGUGCCUCAAGAUGAAGUCGCCAUUUAUCAGUCUAAAGGCGCUCUUUGGAAGAAGGAAAUGGAGUCAUUGCAGGAUGUUCCGCCGGGGUAUGAUCCGGUGAUGGAAGCUAAACCUAAGUCUAAAGCUGCCAAGCGGAAUGAAAGGAAGAAGGAAAAGCGUCAACAGGCUGCAGUUGAGAAGGGUAAGAAUCCAGAGAGUGGUGAAAUCUCAUCUGCUGAAAAUUCAGUUGGCGUUCCAGAGCAGGUUGAGUCAGUUAUGUCCCAGAUAAACAAUCUUGCGAUAUCUGCAAAUCCUGUUGUCCCCCCUUCAAAUUCAAUCGAGUCUUCUGUCGUGGGAGAUAUUGUGCAGGACAUUGACAAAAAGAUCCGAGCUCUGAAGAAAAAGGUAUGUCCUCCAGUGCUUCCAGUUCAAAGGCAUGACAUCAUUCAAGUUCUUUAACAUAACUUAGAUGCUUCUUACUGCAUUUUAGAGAUGCUCGGCUAUCAUCUUUGUUUUCCAUGCCUUGAUGAAAUUUAUUAUUCUACUUCACAAUUGGAUGGUGGAAAAAAAUUGUUGUUUCCAUUUUGUACAUCAAAAUGGAUGAUUCGGUUUUGUUUCAAGGUAAUGACAUGUUUGUGCAUUCUUUUUGAAUCCAUAACAACUGCAUACAUGUGCUGGUUCAC